AAACUUCAAAAAAACAAACGCAAAAAUAAAUUACUUUGAAAAAAUAAUUCAAAAAACAAACCCAAAAAUAAGUUAUUUUGAAAAACAAGGUUGGAAAAAAAACAAAUUCAAAAAACAAACCCGAAAAUAAAUUAUUUUGAAAAACAAAGUUGGAAAAAAUUAAUUCAAAAAAUAAACCCCAAAAUUAAUUAGAAAAACGGAGGGUUGGGAAAAAAAAUAAUUCAAAAAACAGCCCCAAAAAUAAAUUACUCAGAAAAACGGAGGGUUGAAAAAAACGAUACGUUUUGGAUAAAAUUGUACUAGAAUGGAUCUUUAAUUCAACGCUGCGCAUUAAAUCAAGGAGAAUGAUUGUUUUGUGUGGAAUCCUAAAUUUGUUCAUAGUUUAACAUAACAUUGUUUGGUGGAUGGUUUAAGUUAAAAAAUGGUGCAAUACGUUCCCAAGGAUUAAUCUCCCAUUUAAUGUCGAUCAGGUUUGUGGAAGUCCACAAUUUGAUUGGUAAUUUUCAGGCCGGUUUAAUAUUGACCGCGAAGUUUCUUUGUAACUGCAAAUGUGUCCGUGUGCUUUGCACACUCCACGACAGUGGGUAUGGAAAAACAACAGGAUGUCAGGAUCGGGUAAAACCAGUAUUCGGACAAAUUAUUUGGGGGGCCAGCAGAGGGCAGUAGCAAGCCAAGGAAGCGUUUCUAGACGCUGCACACCAGACAGGAAAAAGCUGAACCAGUUUCACGUGACGCGGCUGCAGUUUUAACUGCAUAAACUGAGCAAUGUAGUCAACUGAAACUGACUAAUACCAUAUGAAACAUAAAAUGGGUGACAAACUACCAGGAAACGCGAAUUGGAUGUCACGUUUACCCGAGGAACUGCUAGAUGUACCGCUGUGGAACUUGGCUAUUCCGGGCAGCCAUGACAGCAUGUCUUUCUGUUUGGACACGUCCUCACCUGUCGUUGAGUCAGAGUCGUGGUUCCUCAAGGUGAUGGACAGACUUGCUCCCUGCUGUACGCGGCCUUGCGUGCUCCGUUGGGCCACCACGCAGCAAACUGUCCUUAGUAGUCAGUGUGAACUUGGGGUUCGCUUUUUGGACAUGCGGAUUGCCAAGAAGCCAAAAGAGUGCAGCAAGUUGUUCUUUGCCCAUGGUAUAUACACGUGGAUUACUGUAAAGGAGGCACUGGAUGAACUGGCUGCCUGGUUGGAUGCACACCCUAAAGAGAUUGUUAUUAUCUGCUGCUCACAUUUCAGUUGUCUAAGCCUUAGUGACCACACACAAUUUGUAGACUACAUUAUUUCACUGUUUGGACCAAAGCUUUGUUCAUCACAGGAUUGUGCCACCUUACGAUCCUGUUGGUCCAGACAUCAACAAAUAAUUGUUUCUUAUGACAACCAAGAUAUGGUUAACAAUCAUCCUCAACUGUGGACCGACAUACCUUACUGGUAUGCUGACAGCACUGAUCCAAAGAAGGUGAUUGCCUACUUGGAGGCUCAGAAGCAUGCAGGAAGACCAUCUUGUUUUUUUGUCAGUGGCCUUAAUCUGACUGAGACUGUUCCAUUCGUCCUCCUUCAUCCCUUUGAAAACAUGAGGAAGAUCACCACAAAGGCCCUAACUGUGCUGCUUGGCUGGGUGAGAGAACAACAGCCAGGACCUGAGGUAGAUGGUGUCAACAUCAUCUGCUGUGACUUUGUGGGCGCCUCCAACUUCUGUGAUUGUGUGAUUAGACUCAACUACAAAGGGCGGUGUUGACGAGGACCAAAACAUACCGCUAAACAAAGCAUAGCUUUUAUCAGUGUAAUGCUAUGUAAUAAUUUUCAUGACUGUGAUAUCUGAGGAUACACAUGGAAAGUGUUUUAAGCCAAGAAGGCACCUUCACUCCACUGUGAAUUUUUAGUGGUAUUUAUAAUUUGCUGGAUUUUAUAUGCCUCAAGUUACUCAAAAUGUAAAAUGCACAUUAUGUAUUGUUCUUCCAAAUUAUUUGGAAGUCAAAACUCAACACACACACUCCUACAAUUUGUAUACAUACAAAGUAGUAAAUUAUUUUUUAAACUUUGUGGACAUGUUGAAUAGGCUACCUUUAAGUUGAACUUGAAUGACCCAAUUUAUCCUUUGGACCAUCCACAAGUCAGCAUUCAUCAAAUUGCUGCAAAAUAUGUAUGACUCACAAGGGCAACAGAAAACAAAAGGUCAACAGUUUAUUUUAGUGAAUGAUGAAAUGCCAGGUUUCAUGUAUGCAUCAAAGGCAGUUGAGUCCAGGCAUAGAAUGUUAGGAAAAACAAAGCAGAUAAAAUAUAAAUCUUGUGGAAUCUGAUCUGGCCUUACAGAUAUGGCUGCAUCAGUCCACAACCAAUCACUCAAUCUUUCCCUUACUGUAGUUCAUUGUUAUAUAACCGAAUAUUCAUAUUCUCAGUUUUUCUGCCCAAGGACAUCACACAGACCUGUCUCCAUUUGUUUUGUGUAAACUUAUUUUUUCUUCUUCUCCUGUGUGCUGGUGAACCACUGGUCCAGUAGUUUCUUGCUGUAGUAGAUCUGCCAGCCGUGCACCUGCACGGAAAUGACGAUCACCAGAUACAUGACUGAUACCGCAGAGAAACCAAAGAUGAAACGGUAGGCUUUGCCAUGUCGAUACAACUGCUGCGCAAAAGGGAACAUCUCCAUGCUGCCGUAGAUAAGAGGUGCCACUGAGAAAAGCCCGGCGCUUAUCAUGGAAAUAACCAGGUAGCUAAUGUUGUUACGUGGCAAAGCCAUGAAACUAAAUGCGGUGGGAAUAACACUGAGGAGGUACGGGUAUUCCCACUGGUAUGGUGAGGCGAUCAUUUUGUGGGACACAAGACUCAGUUGGCUGACUGUCACCUGAACAAAAAGAUAUGUUUUAAUAGAAGCAAAAAUGACAAAAAGUGAGUGAGGUUCUACCUGAGCUGCCAUCAGCACCCAGACCAGCAAAUGGACGAUGUUAAGCUUACGGAUUUCUGACUUCAGGGCCACACUGUCAACACCAACAUGAUUUGGGAUUGAGGCACAAAGACAAGCGGGCAGUUUUGGAUAUAGUAUUAUAACUUGAAAUUGAAUACUUGUCCUUAAUUCACAGGAAUUGGUUAAUUUGGGUAGACUGCGUCCAUUGCAAAUGCAUGGAGGAACUAGUAUAAUUUUAAAUAAAAGCUAAUAAUCACUGGACAUACCUCAUCUGGUAGUGUGAGGCUACUCGCUCCCUGUGUUCGAAGUCACUACCAUCUGUUCCCGUAGCUCGUGGCCCUGCUCGUGAAGCCAUGGCUGUUCUGAAUGACAAGACAGUUCCACAAGUGUUAGAACAGGAACUUGUCAUUGGAAGUGGUUGUUCAACACUGCUCACUUUAGAAAUAACUAUAUUUAAUAAUAACUAUAUAUAACUCGUAUUCCACUUCAACACACGUUCAUAUUUUAAAACAGUAUACAGGCUUUGUUUUUGUAUGAGAAAAUAUCCUAAAACAACUGACAGUAAAACAUCUAUAAUGUAAAAUGUUGAUUAUACAUUUUAUAUCGGUCAACAAAUCAUGGUCAAGUACUGAACACAACACGUGUACAGCAGUUCUUUUCAGGUACAUUCCCCUACUGUAUGCAAUAAUGUACUAUGCGCGCUUGUGGUGGCAAGAACAUCUUAACAAGCGUGACUUCAAAUGAACAACCAUGUCAUGUUGCCGGUUACUUAGCAAAGAAAUGUCGCCAACAAAGCUAACUGACUAACCUUAGCCCGACGUAAUUGGUGAGCGAUGCCGUUGUGCAGUGCUAAAAUCAUAUCAACGCACAUUAUGAUAUGAGGAAUGCAUGGCAGUACUUACAUGUUACAGCUGGAAUUCGUAUUUUACUCGACGAAUGCACAGUGAUAACUUUGAAUACGACACUGUCGUAAAUGGCGGAAGUGACAGGCGAGCACAGUAGUAUGAUUCUUAGAUGUUAUAUGUUUAAGGCUAGCUGUAUGUUGAACGCUCUCAACCGAAAGAGACGGCGGCGUCACUCGUCGGCCAAUUUGCGUCGGAGCCAUUCCAUCAUUAUUUUUACUGUUAUAUAUGUUUGCAUUGUUCAAUUUUAAAUCCGUUUAGAUUUAGCUUGCUUUUUCAUAAAUUUCAGAGAUGUAUUAAGUUCCUGCAUAUUUAAAAGUAAUUACAAUGUUUUUGAUUCAACAUCCAGCCUAAAUCAUGGCCAUGUUUAUACGUUUUUAUAUAGUUAUAGUUACCAAACCGUUUGUAAAGGUUAGGGUUAGAAUUUAACGUGUAAAGUAUAUUUUAAUGGAAAAAAUUACCUUACUCGCUUGAGAAGUUCCCCGAGGCAAGAUGGCCGUUAACUACGUACAGCGCAUGCUUGUUUGUAGAUGUCAUUGACAUGAUAUCUAUGCCAUGAUAGGCCCAACCUCUUACCAGCGGUGGCAAAAUAUAAUGUGACCUUUUUUUCUCACUAGAACGAAAUACAGAUUGACCGUUACCUCCCUUGUUUGACUCUUGGAGUGACAGGUCGAAAUGACAAUUGCUCUCGAUCACUUUUUAACUUGUGUCGAGCACACAAACACGUCCAGCUGACUCGCACGUAGCCAGACAUCCUCAUUACGGCGCGCGCGCCUACUUCUCUCCCGCCCGCACAUGCGCACACACGCCUAUCGUUUCCAAGGCAACACUUGCAACAUAACAUUUUAAAUGAAUAAAUAAAACCAAACAAAUACAAGAGCGUGUCAGGCUUGAUUGUUCAUCACCCGCCACCAACAUUUAAUAUUAUUAUGUUAAACCACUGUAACAGUUUGCAUACUUUCAACAUAAACACAGCUUAUUAAUUGAAAAUUUAAACUACUUCAGUAGAUAAUUGAUGGCUGGCUGUAUUGAAAAUCUAAAACGUAUUAGUAAAAGAUAAAUAAUAAACACACCGUGAUGACAGAUAAAAUUUGAUUCUAACAAUUUCAUUCAUUCAUUUACCAUGUCACUUUUCCUCACGAGGGUCAUUGUUAAAUGUAAGUGAACUGGAUUUAACAAAGACUGUAUUGAACUGGAUUGCAGUAGUGUUUAGUAAUCCCACUGUGAAUUGCUGCUGUAGUGAAAACUGGGGCACCUACUGAUACUUGACAUCAUGUAUGUUGUGUAUAAUAUGCCCAGUAGCCCAUUGUUGCCCAACGGUAUUUGCGCCUCGAACCAGUUUAAUGUCAGCCAAUAUUUUCAUGGAUUGGCCUUUCAAGUGUGGCAGAUGCCAUCCAUCCACACAACAAAAUAAACUAAUAUGACAAAUAUGGAAACUUUGUUACUUUGUAAAUAUACCAAGCAUGAGUGUGCUACAGCACACUAUAGGCUGAAGGCUUUGACGGAGAGCGCACAUGCCCUCUACUGGCUAACUCAUAACCUACUGUAACAAUAGGUCCGCAAUUUAUUAGU